UUCUUCGGCCGCCAGAAGCGGCCCAUUCGCCGAGCACGCUGCCGCCAUGAGUGCAGGCUCCCUGGAUUACUCCUGCCUCGGCGACCUCCGCAGCUGAGUGUUUUUGUGCCCCACACGAAGACCCUUUGCAGGAUGCGGCUCCUCGCCUGCCUGCUGUUCGUCGCUGGAGCGAGCAUGGCGAGGUGCGAGGAGACCGCCGCCGGUCCCGUCUACAAGGGUGGCCGUGCGGAGGCGCUGACACAGCAGGCGCACACAGCGCUGCCCACAGUCACUGUGCGCGGCUUCCUGAAUUUCCGCACAACAGUGGAUGGCACCGUGAUUGUGUUCACGCCGGCCUCCGACGGGAAGCCGACCGCGACUAGCACUGCCCGACCAUCGUCGUCAACCAAUGCAGUGGCACCUCAGCCCCAGACCACGAACGUGCUGGGCUUCGAGAUUGUUGGAGGAGGCGCCAACGAAGUGCUGCCUCCGCCGACACCCACGAGUAGGCAACCCACCUCUACCUCCACAAACAGCAGGCGGCGGCUAAGCAAUACCCGUAUAAGCAGCAGGUCGUCUUCAAGCAGGCCCCAAUACCCCACCGGACUGGUCACAGUGCUUGGGGGAACGCACGUACACCGUGGGGUGACGACAAUCCACGAGACAAAAGUCAUCGGCACGUACAUCGAUGGCAAGUACGCGCAGAUCCUGCAGAGCACCUCACGCCUCGUGUCCGUCGCGCCUUCGGCGGCUGCAGUGAGCAGUACGCCCACAGCGGCGUUUCGAGCACCCGAGGCGACACCCUUCGUCCAGCUGCUGCCAAAACUAGAGCCCUCACCAAGCCUGAAGCACCAGCACGUGGUACGCUCUGACAUCGCCAAGGCCACCACGAGAGAGGAACGUCUUCGUGCACGCAAGUUGGGUGACACCUCUUCAGCGGCGUUGCAGUCAUCGUUCCGAAGCCCUGAGCCAAGUAGCAGCCGGCCGCAGCUUCCGCGGCGCACACAGUCACUUCCGGGGUUGAGGACUAGCCGAUACCGGUCUGUGACCCGUGAACCGCUGGCAUUAGACCUGGAAGAUAACACAAUCGUGGUCACUAGGGGACGCCACCAACAGCAGCGGCACACGCCACUUUUGGCGGCGGCUGGAACGAGGCUUCGAUACGUGCCUGCCAGGAAUACACACACGGUUCGACUGAACCGCUUCAAGGUGCGCCUGACAGCUCGCCCCGAUGCUUUAUCAGAGCCGUCUUCAGCAGAAGAAGAGCUGGCGGCCGCCACACCGUCGUCGAUAUCAUCGGCUCCUCCUGUGGAGCCAAGUGACGACGUGGAUCCACUGGUGUCUAUUGACCCAGCGAGGGUGCGUUACGAGCCGACGACGUUGACGAGCCUGGUGACAUUGCAUGCGGCUCAGGGCAAGUCUGUGGUGCGAACACUCACCAUCACCACGUCGGUGCCGCGUACAGUCGAGCCUUCAGAGCUCGUCUCCAACGGCAUCCUCGAGGGUUCCGAGGGGCAGCCUCAUCUUACCGCCAUCGACAGCAGUGAGGAACAGACGCCGCCGCUCGUCGUCUCCAGGGUGUACUCUACCACUGAGCACUCGUGGCGCACAUCACUGGUUCCCGUGUUCGACGGCCUGGCCACCACCACGCACACCUUGACCGAGAGUUUCAUCAUUCGCAAGAUCGUGACUGCAUACCGCACCAUGCCGCCUGGGGACCUGCUGGUCUUUGACGAGCGCAACGUCACACUCGAUCUUGACUCGGAGCAAUACUUCCAGACUCUACUGAAUGUAUGCAGUGAAAAAGGUGCUGCCACUCCUCCUGCACCGACCGCGCAGCAGCAGCAGCCACGGAUGCAGGAGGCCUCGUAUUUAGCGUUGCCGUCAGACGGCGACCAGCCUGUGCAGCUCGCCAACCCAUUGCUCAACGCAGCAUUUUCGAAUAAUCCACUCGCAGCUGUCUACCUUGGCCUGCAGCAGCUCAACCAACAGGCCACGCUCUACUCAACCGUGACACAGUCUAGCGUCUACACCACAACAGACACAGUGUUCCAAACCAAGCUGGUCAGUUUCUACGAUGGUCGGCGGACACGAACACGCACCUUGUCUGAGUCGCUAUCAACAACGGAGCGCACGCUCACCAGCUACGUGACCAGUGUGGUACCAUACCUAAACACGCAGGCGCUGCAGCUUCAGCAGUUACAGCAGCAACAGCUGCAGCAACUCAUUGGUACGCAGCUGGGCGUGGUGCCGACGCAGCCACCGGCACCGCGCUACACCACCGUGACGUCUACGCACACAACGGUGACGACGGGUACCAGCUACAGCUCCAAAAUAUACACACUCAUCUACAACGCAUUCAGCACGCGAUACCGAACCGUGACCAGCUCCAGUUCAUACGUGACCACACUUACCGUGACAUCAACGUCCUCUUACCUGGUGCAGCCCAAGGCCCCUCCUGAAGCUUUAGCACCACAGCAGAGGGUGUUGGCACCACACACUGUGGCGCCGGCCAUGCCAUCACAGCUGGUUGCGGCCGCUUAGACACUAUGCUUAGGCCGCACAUCGGCAGGUAUGCCCACCACCUGGCCAAACGGUGCGCCAUAAUCCUUGCUCACAACAUGGUCGAACAACUAAGUGUGUCUAUAACUUUUCCUUUGGUGAAGAAAAUCAUGCCUUCAAUUUUGAUGUGUCACUAGAACAUUUUUGCCAGAGCAGAAAAUCCAAGAUUCAAUCCUGGCAAGCUUGAAGACAACUUUCUGUGACAAAGAAUAGACCGCAUGAGUGGGACAAAUACCAUCUGUUCAGCAGUAAAACUCGUUAUCACAUUUUUAUGUUCUUUAAAAUGAAGAAAGUAUUCCCCACCAUUUGGUGUUAUUGACCAAAGCCAGGCUUGUUCACAGUGUAAUGAACUUUAUUGCAGGGAAAAAACCUUUCCUUGGAGAGCUAUGCCAGGUGGCCGGAAUAGCGAGUGAGAAGGGUCGGCGAAUGUUGUUUUAAAUUCGCUUAUGUGUGAGUGGCUGUCACGAGCGCUUUACUUGGAAGGCCCGCAGUGGCGAGCCCAAACGAAAAAUUAUGCAUACCUAUUUAUUAUUCGAGCAAGACAUUUCUCAUGAGAGCAAAGUCAGUCUUUGUAACUCUUGUCUUUUGUUCAUACGAAGCCUCACGUUGUUGUUUUGAAGAGUGUUCAUGUAAAAAUAAAAGUCUAUGAUGUGUUUUACAAA